GAGAGCAAUAAUGGCGGGCUUGGAGAAAGCUGACAUAGGGGCACUGAGCCAUGAGCAGCAGGAAGAACUGCGCCAGUUUAAGAUCAAGACAAGAAUAGCGAAUGAACUGUAUCUGAGAGCUCAUCCAGAAGUGGAAAUUCUGCUGGGUGAUUUCCUACGAGAUGUGUUUCUUAAAAGACCUACAGAUGUCCGUGAAUUUGCUGCAGAUCACUUCAGUGAUCCAGACCUACCAAGGAAAAUUCAGAUGAAAUUGGAAGAGAAGACUUCAAUGAAAAUAUGA